GUGAGAGUAGAGCAAAGAUGAGAUCAAGUAUUAUGUUACUUAGUCUACUGGUGCUUGCAUUCACUACUCACUCUGCUACUGCUAAAAAACAUCCUCUGGAUCCUCUCACAGCCUCUGAAAUCAUCAAUGUCCGUCAACUAGUCCUCAAAUCUAAGCUAGGCCUCCACAAGAACAUAAGCUUCCAAUACAUGGCCCUGCAAGAACCAGAAAAAAAGGCUGUGUAUGAAUGGAAACAUGGGUUAUCUCCUCUACCCCCUAGAAAAGCUACUGUAAUUGCAAGAAUCCCAGGAGAAACCCACCAGAUUCUUGUAGAUAUCACAUCAAAAGAAGUUGUGUAUGAUAAUGUUUAUCAUGGAUUCGGGUACCCCAUAUUCACAAUAGAGGAGCAAGUUAAAGCCGUUGGAUUGUCCAUGGAGUAUCCUCCAUUCAUAGAAUCCAUAAAAAACAGGGGCCUUGAGAUGAAAUCAGUUGUCUGCAACAGUGUUUCUGCUGGAUGGUUUGGGGAAAAGAAGCAGGGCAAGAGGAUUAUGAAUAUACAGUGUUUGUAUACUAAUGGAACUGUUAACAUAGAUGCCAGGCCCAUUGAGGGUGUUACAGCACUAGUAGAUUUAGAUCAAAUGAAAAUCAUUGAGUACAUGGAUAGGAUAAAAGUCCCAAUGCCAAAAGCCCAAGGAACAUAUUAUAGGGAAUCAACUCAGAAGCCUCCAUUUGGGCCCAAAACAAAUCCAAUCUCAAUGGAGCAGCCUGAGGGACCGAGUUUCAAAGUCCAUGGCCAUAUGGUGGAGUGGGCUAAUUGGAAGUUUCAUGUUGGGUUUGAUUUGAGAGCAGGGCCUGUUAUUUCUACAGCAGAUGUUUAUGACCCAGAAAAGGGAAGAUUCAGGAGUGUCAUGUACAGGGGUUUUGUUUCAGAGCUCUUUGUUCCUUACAUGGAUCCAUCCCAGGAAUGGUAUUUCAAAACUUAUUUUGAUGCUGGGGAAUAUGGUCUGGGGUUAUUCUCAUUUACAUUGCAGCCACUGAAUGAUUGUCCAAGAUAUGCAUAUUACAUGGAUGCAGUCUAUGCAGGAGGUGAUGGAAAACCCAUUGUGAAAGAGAAUGUUUUUUGUGUUUUUGAAAGAUAUGCUGGGGAUAUUGCAUGGACGCAUACAGAAAUAGGGAAUCCAGACUUAGUGGUUACAGAAGUAAGACCUGAAGUAACGUUAGUGGUAAGAGUGGUUGCCACAGUGGGAAAUUAUGAUUACAUUCUUGAUUGGGAAUUCAAGAAAAAUGGAGUCAUUCGUGGCAAUGUGGGACUUUCAGGAAUACUUGAGUAUAAAGCCACAAGUUAUACACACCUUGAUCAAAUCCAAAAGGCAGAUGAAGACAUACAUGGAAAUUUAUUAGCAGAGAACACAAUUGGUGUAUUUCAUGACCAUUUUCUAACGUUCCAUUUGGAUAUGGAUGUGGAUGGCAUUGAAAAUUCAUUUGUGAAAUCCAUGAUAAAGAGGAAGGACGUUAUAGAUGACCAAUCUCCAAGAAAGAGUUAUUGGACAAUUGAAAAGAUGGUCGCCAAGACAGAAAAUGAUGCUAAAGUUCAAUUUGAUUUGAAAAAACCUAUGGACCUCCUAAUUGUCAAUUCCAACAAAAAAAGUAAAGUUGGUCAAGAAAUUGCUUAUAGAUUGGUUCUUGGAUCAACUGCAGCAAGUGUUUUGUCAUUACAUGACCAUCCACAAAUUCGAGCAUCUUUUACCAACAACCAAAUGUGGGUUAGUCGAUAUAAUCAGACAGAGCAAUGGGCUGGUGGAGUUUACAUGGAUCAAAGUCAUGGAGAUGAUACAUUAGCUAUAUGGACAAACAAGAAUCGAGACAUUGAGAACAAGGACAUAGUGCUAUGGUAUACAGUGGGUAUCCAUCACAUUCCAUACCAAGAGGAUUUUCUAGUGAUGCCCACAUUAUCAGAAGGAUUUGAGUUAAAACCAACCAAUUUCUUUGAAAGAAACCCAAUUUUAAAAUUAGAACCUAUGAAUACAUCAUCAUUUCCCAAAUGUAUAAAGCAUGGUUAA